AUGCUGAGGCCUGUGCGUGUGGCGCUCCCGGGCGCGGUGCGUCUUUUCUCGUCGAGCAGGACAGUAUGCAAGCCGCCGACGGCGGUCGUCAUGAUGAACAUGGGCGGCCCCAAGGACCUGGACGAGGUCAACUCGUUUCUCACCCGCCUGUUCCUCGACCGCGACCUGAUGCAGCUGCCGUUCCAGUCGCGCCUUGCGCCGCUCAUUGCGCGCCGCCGCACGCCCAAGAUCAGGGACCAGUACGACCAGAUUGGCGGCGGCUCGCCCAUUCUGCGCUGGACGCGCUCGCAGGGCGAGGCGAUGGCCAACAUGCUCGACGAGCUCAGCCCCGCAACCGCACCGCACAAGGCCUAUGUCGCGUUCCGCUACGCACGCCCGCUCACGGAAGACUGCAUGGACGAGCUGGCAAGUGACGGAGUGACGCGCGCCGUCGCUUUUACACAAUACCCUCAGUACUCGUGCUCGACGACGGGCAGCAGCCUCAACCAGCUCUACCGCGAGAUUCAGGCGCGCCAGGCCAAGGCGCUCCCAGAGGGCCAGAUCCAGUGGUCGGUCAUUGACCGCUGGCCGACGCAGCCGGGCCUCGUGCAGGCAUUUGCGAACCGUGUCUUGGAGGCGCUGCAGCGCUUCCCUGCGGAGAUUCGCUCGUCGGUGCCGAUCAUGUUUAGCGCGCACUCGCUUCCUAUGCAGGUCGUCUCGGGCCGCGGCGACCCGUACCCGGCAGAGGUCGCUGCGACGGUUGCUGCCGUGAUGCAGGUGCUCGGCUGGACGAAUCCCUACCGCCUGACGUGGCAGAGCCAGGUCGGUCCUUCGGCGUGGCUCGGGCCGCAGACCAGCGACACGGUCAAGGGCUGGGCGAAGCAGGGCCACAAGAACGCGCUGGUGGUGCCGAUCGCCUUUACGAGCGACCAUAUCGAGACGCUCUACGAGCUGGACAUUGAGCUCAAGGAGGAGGCGGAAGAGCACGGCUUGCACCUCGAGCGUGCGCCAUCGCUGAACGACGAGCCCGUCUUUUUGCGUGCUCUUGCGGAUACCGUCGCUGCGCACCUCGCACACGUCCAGGAUGGCAGCGCACCGUACAACCGCGCAGCUGUGCCGUGGGCGCAGGGCAAGACGAGCCAUCAGAUGGGCCAGCGUUGCCCGGGCUGCAUCAACGCCGAGUGCGGCGACCAAAAGCGCUUUUUCAUGCAGGAGUAA